AUGAAAAAGUACUUGAUUUUACUUGCCCAGGUGUACCCAGAGUUUAGACUAGCGGAGCUUAUCGCGCUUGCCGAAUUGCAUGGAAUAGAAGUGGAUUUGUCUCAGCAUGACCCAACCAAACCGUUUCUCAAAGUUCAGUUAAAAGAUGACAGCGAUGCCCGCUCGCUUAUACAGAGAGCCGUCUUAUCAAAAGCCAUAUACGAGCUUUGGGGCGAAGGUGAAAGUUACGAGAGUCUCCAUCAAAGUGUUAAGGACAACAGCAGGGACAAGUUUGACUUGUAUAAGAAGUCGACCUUCAGGUUUGAUUUUGAAAAUUACAAAGGCAGACAAAACUCGAAAGCAAAAAGAGCCAUCAUAGAGUCAUUUGGGUAUCUAGAGUUUGAAGGUGCCGUUGACUUGAAGAACCCAGAUGAGUGUUUUACAAUACUUGAGGAAUACGAGGUUUUUGGAAUGGAAAAGGCGGACAAACCAAAGUACAUCUGGUUCGGGCGUCUAGUUUCUUUAACUGAAAGAACCGCAAAUAAUGUGGUUGAAACGUACGACUUAAAAAAGAGGGGAUAUAUUGGAACUACGUCUUUUGAUGCCGAGUUGUCGUUGGUCACCUGUAAUCUAGCACAUAUAAAGAGCGGGGGUACUGUGUAUGACCCGUUUGCUGGAACGGGUUCUUUUCUAGUAACAGCUGCUCACUUUGGUGCUUUGACAAUAGGCUCCGACAUUGACGUGAGAAUGCUUUCUGGUAACGGCUCUAAGCAAAACGUCAAGUCGAAUUUCAAGGACUAUGGCACAUAUGCCAACUAUAUUGAUGUUUUUACCAUGGAUUUUACUCAUAACGCAUUAAGAAAAGGAUUUGGUAUAGAUACAAUUAUAUGUGACCCACCUUAUGGAGUUAGAGAAGGACUUCGAGUGCUCGGGGCCAAAAAUGAGGAAAAGGCAAUGGGGAGAGAGAACAAUGUUGUAGAUGGUGAAAUCGCCCAUCUUAGACGAGAUUUCGUUCCACCGAAGAAGCCGUAUGAACUUUCAGAUAUGUUGAAUGACCUCUUGCUGUUUGCCGGCGAUAGAUUGCCGGUGGGAGGGAAAUUAGCAUUUUGGAUGCCCACAGCCAAUGAUGAUUUUUCGGAAACCAUUAUACCACAACACGAGUGUCUCAAAUUGCAAUUCAAUCUUGAGCAAGAAUUUCACAAAUGGUCGCGUAGGCUUCUUGUAUAUGUUAAAAUGGAUGAACUGUAUGCAGGUGAAACUCGGAACGGUUUGAAAGAAUUGAAUAUUAAGAACUUCCGGGAACGUUAUUUCAGAGGAUUUAGUGAAAAGAGUCGAUAG